AUGGGUGAUGCCGAGAAGGUGUUUAGCUGCAUGCCAGAUAGAGGUGUUUCCACGUGGACGGUCAUGGUUUCAGGCUAUGCAAUGAAUGGUAGUUUGGAGAAGGCCAUGGAUUUGUUCAAUAUGAUGUCAUGCGGAAGCAUGAUUUCUUGGUACUCAAUCAGAGAGAAGGAUACGAUGAAGUGGCAUUUGAAUUGUUCUUUCCAAAAACAUGCAAACCUGCAGUUACUGGACAAUAGUAAGGGGGUUCAUAGUUGCCUUCAGAAAUCAGCAUGGAUUACGAUUGUUGAUGUCGGAUGUGCUUUGAUGACAAUAUAUGCCAAAUGUGGUGAGCUUUUAGAUGUUCAGAAAGUUAUUGGUGAAAUUUCAGAGCAUAACACAGUCUCAUGGUCGAUCUUACUGGCAGGAUAUGCUCAGAAUGGGUACAUUACAGAGGCUGAGAGGAUUUUUAAUGGAAUGCCAGAGAGAGCAAUGCAAGUUAGAGCAUUUGUUCUUUUCAUUGAUGUGAUCAAGGAUAACAUGAAACCCAGCUGCUUCACACAUACAAGCCUCCUUAAUGGGUGCUCAAAUCCCCAGUAUAUAAGAAGUGGUAUAACAUUUCCUAUGUAUGUUAUAAAAAUGGGCUUACAAUCAGAUGCUUCAAUAGGAAAUUCUUUGAUUACUGUGUACGGGGAGCAAGGAAAUGUUGGAGAUGCUCGUCUAAUCUUUGACACGACACCUUGGCAUGAUGUGGUCUUACGGACAGUAAUUGUGGCUGCUUAUGCUUCUAAUAAUAAUGCAGGCGAGGCUCAAAGAUUUUUGAUCAGAAUGCCACAGAAAAUCCUGAUAUCUUGGAACAAAAUGGGCAAUCCGAGAUCAGCACCUGAUAAAUUCUAUUAUAAUCAUGCUUUAAGUGCCUGUGCUGUCAUUAGAGAUCUAGAACAGGCCAGAGCAAUCCUUAGCAGAACUGUCCAAAGAGGGUUGAUAUCAGAUUUGGCAGUGGGGAAUGCUAUUCACAGAAUGGACAAGGAAGUGGAGUCCCGGAUUUCUAUGAGAAAAUGCAAAGAUCAGGAGUUCAGUUGUCUGGGAGAGGAUGCUGAAGAUCAGAAAUUGUUUGAUUCUACAGAGAAAAAUAAUGGUAUAUGUCCCUCCAGGGAGCUUGUAUGA